CUUGUCACUCUAGCAGUUUUCAAAUUUCACUUUCAAAAAGUGUAAAUAAAGCCAACCAUGUCAACGCAAAAACCAGGAGAUUGUACAGAUGAAGAAAAAUGGAUUAUUAAGAACUUACCAUUCGAAUGGGAUUGUGUCUGUACGAAAUCAAAAGUUUUAAAAAGAAUGUUACAAAGGCGAGAAAAGAAUCACAUGUCUGCAAUAGAAAUAAUGAAAGCAAAAUUAAUUGAAGUUAAUUGCUUCAUAGAUAACCAUAUUCGAAGAAUUGGUGAAGAUUUAAAGGAAACGGUAUCGAUGGCAAAGUCUAAGGCCUCCGACAUUUGUGAGAAUUUUGAAAAAAAUUUGGAACAAUCGGAAAUAGGAAAGAUCAGUCAUGAUGAACUUGCCGAAGCUGCCGACGAUUUGAUGAAACUUGAAAUAUACAGUAACGAAAGUAUAGAAAACUUCCACAGUUACUUAAAAUGUUUAGAAAAUUUGCGAUCUGAACGAUACAAAGUGAUAUUUCAAGAAGCCUACCUCAAUCUGCACAUAAUUCAACACUUGUCGCCUAUGGAUAUAGAAGGAUACUUUGAAAAGGAGAUAAUUAAUAUGAAUGAGCUUAUUAUGAACAACUUCAGAUUGUACUCCGAACUGCACUCUAAACUUCGUCUGCAAAACGAGCACGCUUUUCUGAUAUGCAGCCGGCGUAUGAACGCUUUCAAAGAAAUUUGGAGAAACGCAAGGAAAAAAGUAUUUAUGAAUCACAUAACAACUUCACUAUGUUCACUCAGUAAAGUUUGGGAUGAAGAAUUCCAAAAAGACGCAAAGGCCAAAAAUGUAAGCGUAGCCCUGGAAGAUACAGGAAAGAGCUUGACAAAUUUGCUUGAUCAAAAGAUUACCUUGCCGACAAAGUCGUUAGAUUUAAAUAAGUGGUUAAAUGAUAUGCAAAGUGCCAUGGAUUAUAUGGAUGGUUACAGUAUGACAUUGAUCGGUCUUUACAAAAAUGCCAUUAGUAAGGUGUUCCACGGUUACAUCGAUAGACUUGGUGAAAUAAAACAUGCCAUGAUGUCCGAAGGAGUAAUUGACAUAACAGAUUUACACACCAUCGACGCUGAAAUCAUUAAGAUGUCGGACGAAAUAGGAACAUCAGAUCAAAUACGUGAUGCGGCAAUUUUUGAGAAAAAUUGGCACGUCUUCUCUGACUUGCUUAAGAAAAAACUCGAAAAACCCUACCAGUUCUUGAGAAAAUCUGCUUCCCUUUGGGACUUGCAUCUUUCGAGAAUCGAAGAAGCAAAAGUCUUAAUCCACAAGGAGUUACAAAAUAUCAUUGAUAAGAACGAUGAAACAAUCAUGUUGUUUGAAACCGGCGUUAACACCGCACUGGACGCCCUGCGACAGCAACAUACCGAAAACGACUUGAAAGCGGCCCUUGGAGAAGUAUUUAUAGUACUGGAUAAAAUAAAAAAAAAGUACUUAACAAAUCACGAAGCCGAAGUCAAAGUCUUGAACAAGUUUACCAAGCUAUCGGAAACUGCCACUGGCAUCCUCACAGCGGAACUACAAUUGUUUCUUAAAACGUUUCCCAAAGAAAACAUCUAUAUCCACAAAAGUAACUCCGUAGAAUAUUUCCCAAGUAACGAGGGCAUUUUUCAAAAUAUCAAUGUAAUAGUACAUAAAGUUAACGCAGUCGAAAACUGGAUGACAGGUUUAAGGGAAACCAUAGAAACAUAUUCAUCCAAUUGCAAAGAGGAAUUGUCCAAUCAAACAAGCGAUUGGAUCGAACAAGAAACAAAAAAAUUGGCUGAACGUCUAGAGGUGCAAUUGUGCUUCCAUGAGUCUAGAUACGAGAGAAUAAAAAUUAACGUUUACGACCAGCGAUUGAAUGAAAUAAGGAGCCAUGAAGAAGCAUUAAAUAAACAUAAAGCGGGGGUAGAUGAAGUAUUUUUGAAUUUAAAGAAAGACAUUACUAAUUAUUACGUUGAAAUGCAGAAGAUGAUAAAGAAUUUUCACGAAAAUCUCGGUAAAAUGAAAGAGAAAAUUAACGAAUGCAAAUCGGAGAGUGCCAUGAAAUGUCUCAUUUCUGAACUAACCGUGGCGAAGCAGAAAUGCCUUAAUGAGAUCCAAGAUAAGAGGGAGGCAAUCGAAAAAAAUCAAAUUUCGAAAAUAAACACUUUAAAACAAGCUGGCAGUACAUUUGCAAAUAGUAUAAAACUUUUCUCGGAGGAUGGAAACUUUAGUCCACCCGAAGCGAAACGUUACCUGAAAGCGCUAGCAGCUCUUGAGAAAGUUAUGAAGAAAAAACACGUUCAGUUGGUUAAAGACUUGAAUUUAAAACGGGCAAAAGCUAUGGAAGUUGUCAUGAAAACCGGAAAUGAUGCUGUAACUCCAUUUUUAAAUGUACUUGAAGAAUUCGUUUACGCUGACGCAAUACAAAACUCUAUCGAAAAGGUCAAAGACGAAAUUAAAGAUACGGCAGUGUCUUUGAAGUCCUUGGUAAAAUUGAAGCAAGCUGAAUUCUUUAAUAUCAAGGAUACCGCGUUUGCCACAUUGGAACUCGCUGGCGGUCAUGAAAUCCUAGCCGAUAAACUCGAACAAUUGUUAAACAAUCUCCGCGAUUUGUGCCAACUGCUUGAACAUCCACAAGCAGUUACCAAUGAUUAUGGAAAGUACUUCAAAAACAUUGAAACUCCCAAAAGUGCCACUUCAACAAUUUCCUCUCGGUCCAGAUCAAAAUCAUCGGAAAGUGCAUUCCCAAUGAGUAAAAAACUUAUCGCCACAAGUCCAAAACCAAACGACAAUUCCAUUAUGGGUCGAUUCUGUGCUUUCAUUACACAGACAUUCCAGAAGAUGGUCGAGAAAUCACAGAAAUAUUAUCACAGUUCCACCAACGUAAAAAAUACAAACGUAAUAAAGCCAAACUUUGCAGAACAAAUGGCUGAAUUAAUUCCUCGUUUGAAUUAUUACUAUUUACAAUGCGAAGGAUUUUGGUUGGAGCAAACCAACAGCCUUUUUGAAAUAUUCAAUGACGUUCAAUCGUUUCUUAUCAGCAUCGAUACUCAAUUUCUGAAAAAGAUGCACAUGGAAUUUCAACAGAAUUUCGAUUUGAUCCAACAAAAUACUGUAAAAGAAGUGAAGGGUUUACUUACAGAGAAUAUUGCCAACGUUAGAAAGAUACAUGACAAACUGCGUCCACUUCAUGGAUACGUCAGUAACAAUAAAUUACUAGAAGAACUGAAAAACGAAUAUUACGAAACGUGCACCAAUAGCAUCGUCACCAUUGAAUGCUUACCUGAACCUUAUGAUGUACAAAUAAAUGAAAUGGUAAAAAACUACGAGGAAGACCUGAUUACUGUGAACGAGAAUUUACAGCUACUGAAGUUAUUUUUAAAUGAAUUUGCAACUUUAAUAAUUCCUAUUGUACCCCAAUUUGAAAAGAUACUCGACAACAUAGUGCGUUUUAUUAAUGAAGACAGCAUUUCCGAAGUCGAUUCAGAAUCACGAAUGAAAAUACAGUUUUAUAAAGAAUCAAUUCCAAUCCCUUCUAACUACAGUCUGAACUUAAACAAUAGCAAAAUAAUUUUGAAGGAACUUUCAAACAACACGGGAAAUUUAUCGUACAUUACAGGCUCCUUCGAGUCACCAGUGGAACAAUUUGAUGUAAAUGUUGAAAACUUUAUUCAGAUAAGUCAAGACAAUGCCAAGGUUCUUAUUGAAAAACUAAUAACAAUGAAAGACAGCAGUUUGGUUACCAUCGAAGAAGAUAAAAAAAGAUUCAAUUUUGAUGUGCAAACAGUGAUCAACCUUUAUGCCCUCAGAUAUGAUGCUGGGGACCAACCUGAAGAACCAGCCGAGAAACCGAAAGGGAAAAAGAAAAAGAAAUGAUUUGUUUUAAAUUUAAU